AACAGUUUUUUACAAUCAAAUCGGCAUCAUGCGCAGUACUUCUCCGAUAUCGAUUUAUUCCGAUAUCCAUCAGGAUUCAAUUAUUUACGUUAUGCGAAAGCCGAUGAAAUGCGCUAUGAAGAAAGAAGGUUUGCCCUGAACUAG